AUAUGAACAGUAAUCAAUAUUGGCACGGCUUGCAUGCGUUGACAGUAGUCGAGAUCAUCAAUGGACCUGGACGGCCUCGGGCUGAGUGCGGACACUUUCUGGGUAAGACGUUAUACACGUGACGAGACCAAUCUGCCAAGGUGCCGCCACAUCCUCCAGCCACAGCUCUGACAUCACGCAUCUUCGGACCGAACGGCCGCAACGCGACAUUGCCCUUCCACAAACACCACACCAAUGCGCCCAAGAUAGCCCUGCCCAGCUCACCGCGAGCACGAAUCGCGCAAAUCAUGUUCGGUCUCCAAUUCACCGCCACGCGCACGCAGAUCGCAUCGUACCUCUUCGGCGUGGCGCUCUUCAGCAUAAGCUUCCUCGUUUUCCUCAAUAGCUCUAUAUCCUUUGUCAUUACACAGCGCAUUGGUCAGUCGCGCAAUGUCGGCGAUGCAGUCGGCACGCUGGGGUUUGUGGAUGAGCUGGUAGCGCUUGUUGCAUGUCCAGCGUGGGGAUUGCUGAGCGACCGUGUGGGUGUGAGGAGUGUUGCGGUUAUGGGAUACAGUAUUGAUUUGAAGCCCGAUCCGCGAUCGCCGACGCGUAGUCGUGGCAGGUCGCAUGCGCCAGCUGCUUCGAUAUCGUCCGAACUCACUAUUACGCCUGCGCGUUUCCGCUCCAACUCUCCGGAAGAUCAUACACAAGACAUACCUGCGAGAAAGAGUUCGGGCGCAUCUACGUCACAGCUUGCUGGUCUGGUGGGCAUGUUUACAGGCUGCGGCGCUCUAGUCGCACUGUUCGUCUUCCUACCUCUGCCAACACAGUUUCAGAAUGCCGGCGAGCGUCCCGCAACAGCGGUAGCAGAUGCCUUUUACGUUGUAGGAGCCAUCGCUCUUCUUGUGGCACUGGGCUGUUUCUUCGGCUUGCGCCAACUACCUGGCGAAGAAGCGAAAGGCUGGAAACGUCUUACCAGCAGAGGCGACUAUAAAGAUGUAGAUUCUCACCUGACGCGCGACGUCGUACUAUCGUACCCUCGUCUCUUCCUGGAAAGUGUCCGUCUCGGCUUCACCUCCCCAAACAUUGGACUCGGCUACGUCGGAGGAUUCGUCGCGCGCGCAUCUUCUGUCGCUAUAUCGCUCUUCAUCCCUCUCUUCACAAACCACUACUUCUUACAGACAGGCCGCUGCAAAGUCGAUUCCAACAUUCCCUCAGACAUCAAAGUCGCUUGUCCCGAAGCCUACAAACUUGCAGCGAUGUUAACAGGCAUUAGCCAGCUCAUAGCACUCAUGUCCGCACCCCUCUUCGGCUACCUUUCCGGCCGAUUCCCACAGUACAACAUUCCCUUGCUAGUAGCAGCUGUAUCUGGCAUAGCAGGCUACUCAGCCUUCGGAUCGCUCACGAGCCCAGACUACAAGAGCGAAGACGGCACAGGCGCGAUCUUCUUCAUCGUAGCUUUACUGGGCAUCAGUCAAAUCGGCGCCAUCGUCUGCUCCCUCGCCCUGCUCGGCCGUGGCAUCAACAACGAUGAACAUGGCUCCGCGACUGAUCUCCAUAACUCGGCCUCCGCAUCCAUUGGAACAACGUCGCAUCCAUCCGCAGGCGCUACACCACCACACAGCGCGCCCAUCACGCCUCUGGACGAAAACGCUCCUUUGCUUCCAGAACACAUUCAAUCCUCCCGCUCGGCCUCCGCGUCAAGACGAACUUCAUCGCAUAACCACAUCAAAGGCUCGAUAGCGGGGACGUACAGUCUGCUGGGUGGCUUUGGUAUCUUGCUGCUGACCAAAGCCGGUGGUGCGUUAUUCGAUAGUACGGGACCUGGUGCUCCGUUUUAUAUGAUGGCUGGGUUCAAUGCGCUGCUUCUGGUGGUUACGGUUGGUGUCAGCGGGUUGCAGGGUUUGAUGAGGUGGAGGACGUCGGCGUCAGGAUCUUAGGGCUGGAGUGUGGUGUCGGCAUGUGUAUGGUAUGUGUAUGAAUGGUAUGGUAACAAAGCGUUCAAUGGGUUUUCACUGGUUAUUAGGUCAGACAUGGACGAGACGGGAGCAUAUACCCUCUUGUAAUGA